AAAAUUUUGGAGCUUCCUGUCUUUUUUUUUUCAUUUUAUAUCCCCAUUCGCACAUCCAACCGAGCAGUACAAAUCCGUACCCUUUCCCACAUUGCCAUUGGAACCGCAAGCCUCGUCGUUGUCAGCCCCAACGCCGUCGCGAGUGUGCCUAUUGAACAGUGAAUACACAUUCGCACGGGGCAUCGGCAAGUGCAGAGACGGCCCCCAAUAUGACCACCAAGGAGGAUAUCAAGCCCAAGGAGGACGAGUUCUCUAUCAAGCCGACCGCCGUCACUCCGUCCGUUGACACGAGCACAUGGCCGCUGUUGCUGAGGAACUACGACAAGCUUCUGGUUCGAACCGGCCACUUCACCCCCAUCCCCAACGGCAGUUCGCCCUUGACGCGUGACCUCAAGUCCUACAUCAGCUCCGGCGUAAUCAACCUCGACAAGCCCUCGAACCCCUCGAGCCACGAGGUCGUCGCCUGGGUGAAGAGAAUCUUGCGUGUCGAGAAGACGGGCCACAGCGGAACCCUCGACCCCAAGGUCACCGGAUGCCUGAUCGUGUGUAUCGACCGCGCCACUAGGCUCGUCAAGUCCCAGCAGGGCGCCGGAAAGGAGUACGUCGCCGUCAUCCGGUUGCACGACAAGCUCCCCGGCGGUGAGCCGCAAUUCGCACGUGCCCUCGAGACCCUCACCGGUGCCCUCUUCCAGCGGCCGCCGCUCAUCUCCGCCGUCAAGCGGCAGCUCCGCAUCCGAACCAUCCACGAGAGUCGGCUCAUCGAGUUCGAUAACGACCGACACCUCGGCAUCUUCUGGGUCAGCUGCGAGGCCGGCACCUACAUCCGAACGCUAUGCGUGCACAUGGGCCUGCUGCUCGGCGUGGGCGCGCACAUGCAGGAGCUGAGGCGAGUGAGGAGUGGAGCCAUGGACGAGACCAAAGAUCUCGUCACGCUCCACGAUGUCCUCGACGCGCAAUGGAUGAUGGAUAACUCGCGGGACGAAUCCUACCUACGCAAAGUCAUCUCUCCCCUAGAAACCCUCCUUACCUCGUACAAGAGAAUCGUAGUCAAGGACAGUACCGUCAAUGCCAUCUGCUACGGUGCGAAACUGAUGAUUCCCGGCCUGUUACGAUACGAGGACGGGAUUGAGACGCACGAGGAAGUUGUUCUCAUGACUACGAAGGGUGAGGCGAUCGCUCUUGGCAUCGCAAUGAUGUCGACGGUCGAGAUGUCCUCGUGCGACCACGGCGUCGUUGCCAAGGUGAAACGAUGCAUCAUGGAGCGAGACCUUUAUCCUCGCCGAUGGGGCCUGGGCCCUACUGCUACGGAGAAGAAGAAGCUGAAGGCGUCCGGGAAGCUAGACAAGUACGGAAGAGCAAACGAGCAGACCCCGGCCAAGUGGACGUCUGAGUACAAGGACUAUGGACCCCCGGCCGACUCCGCGCCCGCGCCCGCGCCCGCACCUGCGGCAGCGGCAGCGGCAGCGCCGGCUGCCGACGUCACGAUGGCUGAGACACCUGCUGCCGAAGCCACGCCGGCCGCCGAGGACGACAACAAGAAGCGGAAGAAGCACGACGGCGAGACGCCGGAUGAGAAGGCGGAACGCAAGCGGAGGAAGGCGGAGAAGAAGGCGGCCAAGGAGGCUAAGCGUGCCUCGCUGAGCAAGAAGGCCGAUUCCGACGCAGAUUAAGAAGCACCGGGUGAAUGCUAGCCUCCCAACCUAAUUCUGGCUGCGAAUACUCCUGCGUUCCAACACUUGGGUGAUACCCCUCCUUUUCGGUCACGAGCUCCGUCACGUCGUCUAGAUUCCCUAUACUCUCCCUACACGGCGUCGUCACGCCCUGUUAUAUCAUGCAAUCAGUCAUGUCAUUGUAUCGUGUUUUACUCUGUUCCGUUCAGGGUCUGCUCUACGGUGGGAAGGAAAAAGGCGUUCGCGAAGGAUCUGCUUUGCUGAUUUACGUUGCCGCUAUGAAUUCCACCUCCCUUUUUUUAUUGUGGUUGUUUUCGCCGACGUGACGUGAAUGCAACAAGGCGAUCCCGAUGUCAUAUAGGACCAGGGGCGGAUCCCCCAAGAGGGGACCACAGUGCCUACCCGUAGAUAGGCGGUAGCUGCCCAAGGCACGAGAGCCGGACGAAAGUGCUCUGCUCAUUCAAUCAUCUUGGCAUGCGGAUUCGCGGCGUGCGUGCCGUCUGGUGACCCCUAAGGCGACGUGACUAUACGAUAUCGUGCAAUCGAUGCUUGGUAAUGUUGACUAAGUCCGCCGUCGCGCUGCCGCAGCGCGCAGCGGGGCCUGCUCGGCCUUUCUUUUUUUUCCUUUCUUCUCUUCUUUUCUUCCCGUUAUCGCGUGACCGCAUACGCCGUGUACGAUGUGCGACGGCGGAGGUCGGCGGCCUCGGGCGGGCCAGCAGCCCUACGUCCCU